CAAAGACAAAGCACGAAAUCGCAGGCCUUCACUCUCAUCGCAUAUCAACACAUUCGUUCACACACCCUGACCUCAUCGCAAUACGAUCACGAUGAUCCUCUCCCACUUUUUUCUCGCCCUUUGCGUUCUCCUGCCGAGCAUCUCGAGCUCGCAAGCUGGCUCGGUACAUCGACUGCUCUCCUUCUGCUAUAAGGUCUGAUCUCACCGCGGUCAGGCUGUCCGUGCUGUCAGUCAGCAUAUGGGCACUGGUCGUCAGUCUUUCGUUGCCCAGCCUUGACGCGGAUACUCACGCUGCGCCAGACACGUAUGCCAGUCGACGUCGCAAGCGUCAUAGCUACAUGAGACGCCUUGCACGCGAGCCUCAGACCACAAAGUCCAAACGCAUUGCUUGCCACCAUGCUCGUCGUCAAAUCGUCGACCACAGCGUAGCGGACGAGGGCUCCUGGACGGAUCCUACCACUUUUACAGCUCCAUUUGGCGCACUCGACAAGACCGCCGUGCAAGACGAGACAGACUCGUCCAACACGGCUACCAACGAGACGUCAGAUGAUGCAGCGCCCGCAUGGGACUCUUCUACUUCUAGUACAGCCUCCACUGCGGCCUCUCAGGCUAGCAAUGACGGUGAGGAGGAGGAGAAGGAUGCUGAUGACACCGAUGACGACGCAGACGAUGCCUCGUCCGGCGGCACAGACACUCAGGCGGAGACGACCCAAUCGACUUCAAGCGGGGACAGCGCCAAGACGGUCGAUUCUAGCAGUGGGAAUGCCGAUGACACGCCGCCCGAUACUUCUAUGAAGACAGUCGUCAAGAAGCAUCGCAAGGCGCAGAGAUCGGCUCAGUCUAUCGUCUCUAGCGUCGGUAGCAUUGCCGCCGGACUCUUCUCGGGUGGUCAAGGAACUUACUACUAUCAAGAAGGCGCGACAGGCGCAUGCGGUACCGCCAAUUCGGAUUCUGCCAUGAUUGUCGCCUUGUCUGCCUCACGUUUCCAGCCAUCUCACUGUGGCAAAUCGGUCAAGGUCACGAAUACGGCCAAUGGCAAAUCCGUCAUCGCUACCGUUGCAGAUAGAUGUCCUGGAUGCGCAGAGAACUCGCUCGACAUGAGCACGGGCUCUUAUUCUGCCAUUGGCGAAUUCUCAACCGGCGUUUUGCCCAUCUCAUGGGGUUGGGCCUAGAUCCGAGACAUUGCGCGGCACUCCUCGCAGCAUACUCAGUCUGGACAACUCUUUCUCUCACACGAGCAUGUCAGGUACAUGCAAGCGUGUUCUACAACGGUG